GAGGAGGGGCUCGGCGCCUGCCCGCACCCACUGCGCAUGACCGCAUGACGCUGCCGCCCCCGUUGCCAAGGCAGCGGGAAGGCGUAGCCCGGAAGGGGAGCCUUGCUGAGCGACAGCCCUGAGACUGAUACCCGUUGCGCUCGGGGCUCGCUAGUUCCUGAGCCAGUCUUGACCGGAACAAAGCCGAUGAACACCCAGGUAUGAUGCAAAGGGAUAGCCAUCUGCACAGAGGAAUUCACAAGAGCCAGGGGAACUGGCCCAAACGGACUUGAGGGCUAUGGCAGACCUUUCUGAGGACACCAUUCCUGAUGAGAUACAGAGUUCCGGUUCAUUCAGCUCCUCCAGAGGACUGCAGCCCUGGCCCCAGGCCUCUGGGAACAAACCUGCGAGUGGAAAGCCGACCACACCCUUGGAAGACGGAGACAAACAAUCUGAGCUUCCAGACUACAAAAAUAAUGAGGAGAAGUUCAGUAGAAAAUGGAUCAACUAUCUCAAGGGCAAAGAAACUAACUCUGGACAGUACCAACCAGACGCUAAACUUCAGACACAAAGCACUCGGGUAUCCGAUGAAGAACUGAAAGCCCAGCAGUCUUUUUGCGCCGUUAAGAUAAGCCUGAUCCAUCGCAGAGCAAACUUGAAGGAGAAAAAGAGCAGCAGACAAAAAAAGCCACAGCUUAGAUUGGUUGCAGAGGCUUCAGAGAUAGAUGCCUUAAACUGUACUGUGCCUGAUGAACUUUUGAACAGAAUCUACUUAAAAAACAUAAGGACAGCACCAAAACAGGUGGCAACAGCUGAUCAACACAUUUCUUCUCAGUGCCCCAGUUGCAACAGAAAAAGAGCUGAACUGGCUCAAUCGGCCUUUCUGAGACAAAAGAAGACUUUACUGGAGUCACUUCUACUCCAAGAGAAAAUGGAUGAACAUCUUUAUACCAGAGACUUUCUUACCCUUAUUGGAGAUGCACAUCAGGGCCUCCCCAGGCUUUCAGAUGAUCCCAAAAUAAUCUGGAAAAGACUGAAUGAGAAAAGUCAGAUCAGAAACUCUGGUUUUGAAAGGUCAGAUACAGAACAGGUGUGGCAGAAUGAAAAAAGUGUUUGUCAUUUACCUUUUCUCCACCACCUGUCCAAACCACUUACGCUAUCCAAACAGGACACAGUAUUUAUUAAUGAUAAUGUGUAAUGUGGAUAAAUGUUUCUGUUGUGUAUUUGAAUAAUCAUCAUUUUUACAGGCACUUUGGAAACCAAUUUAAGACUUUACUAUGUUUUCUUCACAGAGGUGACGACUAAAAACUUUCCAUCCAGUACAUUUUUUCACAUUAUAGAGGGCAACAUUGUAGUUGGUAUACUUGCAAAGUUUUCACAAUCCAGGAGAGAGAUGUUGGUAGUUUAGGGUUUUGACCAUACCAACAGAAAGAAGUACAGAAAUGUAAGAGAUGGUUAGGAGGUAAUAACAGCCUUUGGUGAAGUAAUGGAUAUGGGAUUUAAUAAAGGGUAAAUGUUAAGAAUGUUACUAAGUUUCUGACUUGUGCAUUUGGAUGAAAGAUAACAUCAUUAAGAUAGGAAUAUUGGAAAAGAUCUUGUUUGAUGGUAGUGAUUAAGAGUGUGAUUAUCUGGACAAAGUUUAAGGUAUAUUUGAGACAUCCACAUUGAGAGGUUGAGAAACGGUUAUUUGUGGGUGCAGUCUAAAGAUAAGGUUGAGCCUAGAGAUUUGAAAUAAAGUUGGAGGGGUGGUGGUGGUGGAAUCAUUGACAUCUUGUUGGGAAUUGAAAUAAGAGAUACGGUGAGCUUUUCUAGAAGAAAGUAGAGUGAGAGAGAGGAGGGGCUAUGAGCAACUCCUGAGAAAUUCAGCAACUAUCGGCUGGGUGGGAGAGAAUAAGCCAGCAAAGGAGGUUGAGAAGAAAUGAUCAUAGGAAACCAGGAAUGUGUCAUGUUACAGAGAUCAAAGAAAGAAUAUUCCAAAAAGGAUGGGUUGUCUAAGCAUGCUAACUCAACAGACAGUUCCUUUGAGAUAACUAAGUUAUGUGUUGGAUUCUGUUGACCUUAGCAAUAGUCACUUCACUUACAGAAAUUGGGCAGACCAGACUAAGUGGAUUGAGGAGUAGAUGUAAGUUAAGGAAAUGAAGACUUUGAAUACACUAUAUUCCUGGUUAAGUGCAGGGAGAUGGGGGCGAGGGGGUAAGCUGGAGGUAGAUACAGAAUUGAGGAAAGAAUGCUCUAAAAAGCCAUUUUGUUCAUAAAGAUUCUAUGAAAGUUUUCUUGUUCCUCCUAAUUUCCAUUCUGAUGAAACAGUAUCACCCCCUGGAGAAUACCAUGGUAAUCUGAAAAUACAUUUGUUGUAAAAGUGUUAGAUGCAUUCCAAGAAAUUUUAUCUGUUAUUUCCCUAUAAAAACAUAAAUCCUAGAAUUACCGACAGCAUCUGGACAUCAUUUUUCUACAUGUCUAACACCUAAGCUGUCACAGUCAAAAAGAAAUUUGUAAAAAUCAGCACAAAACAGUUUUUGUAUCAUGUUCCAAUAACACUCUUUGGAGUUUAGACCUUCAUUUAUGUAUAAAGAUACUGUUGUAUCCUGUAGAAUUUAGCCUAUUUCCUGUUAGUCAUUCCUAAAUAAAAUGGAAAACAAAUCAUUACCA